UAAAAUCACCAGGCGGGCAGCGCGCAUUUGCGUUGGUCUUAUCGAACCGUGGGCGACACGGACUUCCGCGAUCAGCAGGCGAUCUUUUAAAGCCCAAAUACCCCAGUGCAUUCUACGACUGGGCAUUUUCGAUGCAAGCAAAUGCCGCGUUUUACGCGGUGAAGGUUUUCCUUCGAAGCCAUCCACACAGGUGCUUUGAUCAUGGACUUAUCCAGCCUUAGUCGUCACUUACCUCCCCAAUGACUUAUCCACUAUGUAAUUCUCGCUGUCGCCGCGUCUGCUAUCCUCGCGUUAUGGUUCGUCUCUCAACCAGCCACGUGGAACGCCUCUCAACCAGCCACGUGGAUCGCCUCUCAACCCAAAGCCCCCAGCCUGCCCGUUGACCGCAGCCACGUCGACACACCCCACAUCUAGCGGUCACAAAAAACUUUUCGAGGCAGCCCGUCGUGCGAGAGAACUGACCCUGAUGAUCGCGCGCCGUUGGAUCGGCCGCUAUCUGCGCGCGGCGCGAAGAUCCGCCUGUGCAUGGGCGGACCCGCCGCGCCGUUCGCGCAGGGGACGUUCGUGACGAUGCGCCGAUGCGCCGAUACGCCGACGUCCCGCAGCCGAUGCGCCGCGGGAAGGAGUUCGGUAACCGCUUCGCGCAGCUCACCGUCUUCGACGCGGAGGCUCGGCACGAAGCAGAGGCUCGGCCCAAGGCAGAGGCUCGGCACGAUGCAGGGGCUCGACCCGAGGCGGAAGCUGGCGGGACGGCAGGCGUGGAGGAGGGGGGCAGAGAGCAGUGACGGGCAGGUGGGGGCGCAGACAGCGACGGGCAGGUGGGGGCGCAGACAGCGAUGCAGCAAGGAACGCAGAGACAUCGCGCAGUGCCGGUGACAACACCACUCCAUUUCCUGGCGUUUCUGGAGGACGACCACUCGAUCGCCAAGUCGCAGUGGAAGGGGUGGGGCGAGGCAGAGCUGAGCGAGCUCGUCUCCCAGGGGGACUUAAAGCUCAAGUGCCUCAUCUGGCCUGGCCACGACCCGUUUACACUGGCCGACGAGCCUGCUGUGACACGUAUUGCCAGCAAGAGCACGUGACACUUCAUGCUUGAAUGCCCUCUCCCACCGUACCCUGCCGCUGUUACUGAAGCGCCGUGGAGAAAGAGUUGGCUGCUGUGGCUGCUGCUGCAGGGGGUGAUGCUGCUGCUGCUGCUUCUGCUGCUGAUGCUGCUGAUGCUGCUGGUUCUGCUGGUGCUGGUGCUGCUGAUGCUGCCGGGGUUGGUGCUUGCUCGAAUCGUUUGGUAGAGCUGGCAAAGUUUAUGGAGGGGACAGAGGGCGGAGAGGAGAGGAGUGAUGGAAGGAUGGGUAGUGGCAAUGAGGAGAUGGACAGUUUGGAGGACUUGCUUGUGGACUAUAGCGAUGAAGCUACUGACGAGGACGAAGACGAUGAAGGCAGCAGCAGCAGUGGCAGCAGCAGCGACAAGAGCAGCAGUAACAGCAGUACAGGAAGGGGCAACAAUGCUGCUGACUCCUUGACCACAGCAGGAGCAGCAGGAGCAGCAGCAGGAGCAGCAGCAGGAGCAGCAGGAGCAGCAGCAGGAGCAGCAGCGGCAGCGGCAGCAGCAGCGGUGGCGGCAGUACCAGCCCCGGGAGCAGCAGCAGCAGCAGGAGCAGCAGGGGCAGGCGGUGGCAGUGCAGGAGGGAGGGGGAGGAGGCAGCACCGGAAUAGCAGCAUGGGAGCGGUGACCAUCUGCCUGCGCCCCUUGCAUUUCCGCCACAUGUUCUCCGACGGCGUUGCCGUGUCAGACGACCGCCUGCUAGAGUGGAUCGACGCAUCUCUCCUCAUGGGCGUGGACCGCAUUUAUGUCUACGACCGCGACGUCACGCAUGCGCGCACCCUCCUCCUGCGGUACAUACAUUGCGAGGGGGCAGGCAGGUGGUGCACUUGCCGUCUCCCCCCUGAAGCGAGGUUUUCUAUCGGCAAGGGCAGUAUGCCGGCAAGACCCUCAGACUGUAUGCGUUCCCGGACGUUUACGAUCAGCUCAUUGCAUAAGAGCACUGCAUGAUGCUGGGGCGGCGGGUGGGCGACAGGUGGCAGCUGCAGAUCGACAGCGAUGAGUUCGUCUGGUACCCGCCGCCAGCUGGCGGCUUCUUGAAGCCACUUCUAGCGAGGAUAGAGGUCAACCACAUGCGCAAUCAAGGACAGAAGGAGCCACUGCGGAGCAUUCAGCUGCGGCGGUUCAACUUCUGGGGAGUGAAGAAGGAGAACCGGGGGGAUCCAGUGUCGGACCGCCUUCUGUGGCGCUGCAAGGAGCCCAUGUGGCACACUGCGGGCUGGGUGGGGUGGCAUGACAAGCUGGCAGUCAACCCGCACGCCAUCCUGCCCUACCCGUUCAGCACGGUGGGUAUUCACCAGGCGUUUGCCCCCCCGGAGUCCAGGCCAACAGUGCCGCCAGAGGUGCUCCACCUGAACCACUACACGUCGCGGGGGGUGGAAGUGCAUGAGGCGCCCUGCAACGCCACCGUUAAGCUGAUGGAGGACACCAGUCUCUUCUGGGCACACAACCGCACAGUUGAGUGCAGGGCAUUGCCUUGUAGCAGCCCAGACACUCCUGUUGAGAGCUGGCCCUUCUGUGUGCUUCCCUUCUAAGACAGACUGGGACCUGCACCAUGAUACAGAGGCUUUGGAAUGGAAUGGAAUGCUAUGGGCUGACUUUUGAGUCAACUCACAGUUCCCUCUUUAAAACCACAGGCUAGAAUAGCACACCUGAGGAGCUCUUGAAAAAAUGUUUCGUUUAGGGGCAGACCCUUUGGUGCGUUUUCUAUUUCCGAAAUGGUAUGGGACCCGAAAUUGUCUGUAAUGCGAAGUACUAGCUUUGCUACGUUAU